AUGAGCCAAACCAGUGUUAAAGUGUGUCUAUCGAUUUCUCUCAUUAUAUUUUUGCUUGGUCUCUUUCUUGUCAGGUAUGGCAUGCUGAAAUUUACAUAUCAUGUAGCAGAAAAGAGUUAGACAUCAAACCCAUUUAUAAAAUACGAUAACGAUUAUAGUGAGUAGAAAUAAUGGAAUAGUAAUCUUUAUAAAAAAGUUGUCUUUUUCCUACUAGAGAAUUACUCUUAUGAGUGGCUUAGUAAUCAUCCCAAAGCUUAGAUGUUUGCCCACACUAACAAUGUAUAAUACAAUUACUAGUGGACCCUGUUUGACAAAUUAGUAAAAAAUGAUCCAAAAAAAGCAAUAUUUCGCAAGGUUGAAAUUAAUUCUCCUUAAUCAGCAUUAGCUAAAAUUGCUACUUACAUGGUUGGAACAAACACAGCCUAAUUUGAGGUAGGGAUAUAGAGCUCAAAUUCAUUCAAACAAUAAGAAGAUAGUAUCUUUUACUAAUUGAGUCAAAACUCCUUUACUACAAUAGGCUUUUUGAACAAUAUUUGGUAUAGUUCUUUUCCUAAUCUCCUAAAAGAAAAUAAUAAUCUCCAUCAAGAAGAAAAAUAAGCUGAAGAAGAAACUGAUUAAAAUUUGCUCGACUAUUUAAAAAUUUAAGAGAUAAUUAAGGAAGGCACUUUUGAUUUCCUUUUUAUUCAUGACAGUGUUUAGGUUACAGACAUAGCAGGAGAUCAGAAAAGUAGCUCUGACUUUCAAAAAAUUUAGAGAAUAGAGGAGCAGAUGGAACAAAUAAUUAAUAGCAUUAGUGAUGACACAUUAUUUAUAGCUAUCAGUGAUAGGGCUUCGAACAAUUUUGGUGGUGUAAAUGAGAACGUCAAUACUUGCUUUUCAGAUAAACCAUGCUCUCCUUUCUUUUUUUCAUAUACCAAGAGAGGAUUUAUUGAUUAAUAAGAAAUACUACAAUAGAUUUAUUUAAAUGUAAAUAAAAAAGAACCUACAGUUCAUGAAAGUCAGAUUGCUUGUACGCUUGCAAAUUUAAUGGGUCUUCCAAUUCCUUACUCUAGCAGUGGAAGACCGCUUUUAGAUUUGUACCCUUCAUAGCUAAGCGAGACAAAUUAUUUAAAGAGAGUUUUAAGGGAUUCUUACACUACUUUUAGAUAACAAUUGUAAUUUAUUACUACCUUAUAGAAAAAAUAUAGUAUAUUUGAACCUCUGAAAAUGAGAUAUUUUGCAUAAAAAGCACAAGAUAUUGAGCUAACUCUACCAAAAACCAGCUUCGAUAAAGAAAAAAUUAUCUAAUUAAUAAGAAAUGUAGUAACUAUUUAAGAGGAGUUAAAAGAACAUAUUUAUUCAAAUCUCAUUCCAUAUAGCAUGACUUGGAUUUAUAUUGGCUACUUCAUAUUGUUUGUAAGCAUCCUAUUUACUAUUUGCUUAAUUGUUAGUUCAAGAAAAGAAGACUCAAAUAAUUUAAAUUAAAGCAGAAUGUAGGUAAACAGUCAACAAAGUGAAGUCACAGAUAGGAGUAGUGAGGACUAUGACUCAUAAACAGCAGUAACCAAAAAAGAAAAAUCGGUCGACUUAGAAAGUCAGGGGUUAGUAGCUGAAUAAAAAACUGAAUCUUCCUCUUCAUCUACGAUUGAUAUUUUUCUGAAUGUAACUAUUAUGGGAUAAAAUUUUUUAUACUUUCACAAUAGCUGGAAUUAUUUACUUGUGAGACAAAAUUAUACUUCUAAUUAAGCUACAUGUAUUAUUAUCAUAAGUGCUGAGCUUUUCUUGUAUUUUAUUUAUCGAUUUUUCAAUAAGCCUAGUGUUAAAUCUCUUUGGAUGCCAAUAGUUGCAGGUCUAGUGAUUGCCUUGAUAAAAUUUUUAUUUGUUAACAGAUAUGUAUUUUAAUCAUCUCUUCCUAUAAUACCUUUUUCUGAAAUUGCUUACCCUAUUAUUUUUUGCACUAUUAUCUGUAUAGCUAAUGCCUUUGCUAAAGUUCAAUAUUCAACAAAGAAAUAUGCUAAUUUAUUGGUUUGGAUUAAUGUAUUAUCAAUAGUCGCAAUACUUAUUUAAGACACCAAAUUCUUUUUAUUUGAUCCUACAUAUAAAAGAGUAUUUUUCUUUGGAGUAGGUUUCACUAAUCUGAUAAUUUGCUAUUUAAUUAAGCAAAAGAAUAACUAGACCAAUUUAUUUAUUUUAAUAAAUUAACAACUCGCUCUCGUAUAAUUUUACGUAGCUAUUUUUAAUUCAUCUGAGAAAACAGAAUAUUUAGGUCUAGUAGACUAUCUUAUUACUAGUAUAAUAAGCAUAGUCAUAUUUGGCCUUUAAUAAAUGCUAAGCAGAUUUUCUGUAUAAAUUUAUUUGGUAUUCUUAAAUACAAUUUAUGCAUUUAGCUCUGGUAUAAUGAAAGAUUCUACCUAAGACUCAUUUAAUAUUUUCAAAAAUAUUUACUUUACACUAUUUGGAAUAUAUUUAUUAAAUGUACAGCUCCUUCUUAACAAAGAAAAAACCCCAAUAGAUACUCUAUCUAGCUAUCUAACAAAAAUAAACAAUAGCGGAAACUAUAAGCACGAAAGCCACAAAUAUGUUUAAGUUUUUGGAUAUUUCUCAAUAGCUGUAAUGAUCUAAAUAGUCUUCUUCUUUACAAGCUUCCUCUUUAUUGCUUAGAAAUUUUAUUUUAAUUUACAUUUUUAGACUCACUCUGUAUUUUGUGAUGAGUUAUUAGCUUCAUUUGCUUCCCAUGCUAUAGUUAUGAUUUAUUUUAUUUUGACUUACAAAUCUCUAUUAACUGAUAAAAAGUCUAAAAGUUAAAAGCAUGAAAAUAAAUAUGAAAUGGUUUAAUAAAGCCCAUACAAUAAUUUAAGCACAACUGCUUGA